AUGGCUCCAUCGAAAAGUGUAUUGCAGCGAGAUCUUGUCCGAAGACAGAAUGUCACCAUGAACAGCAUGCCUCUACCUCCCAGCACCGCCAACGUCUCUGAAGCCCAACUGAUCUCUGCGUUCUGGGAACGUUACAUCCCAUCAAGGAGCAGCGCCCAGGCUGGCUCCCCAUGCGCCUGGCUUCAUCAAUCUAUAUGCCUCCCGAAUCCCCCACUUGCCUUGCGGUUAUCCCUCAAGGCUUUGGCCCUGACGAGAUUAGGUUGGCUUCACAGAGACGAUGCAUUCAUCCGUGGAGGCAUGGUCGUAUACGGUAAUGCCUUGAGAGAGCUUCAGAAAGCUCUCUAUGACAAACAAUCAAUGUGGCAAGAUGAGACACUAGCUACGUGCAAUGUUCUAGCGCUCUAUGAGCUUUCCGAGUCGACACCGGCCUCAAUCAUCGGGUAUAACAGCCAUGUAGAAGUUCUAACAUAUCUUGUUACUUUGCGAGGGUCAGACCAAUACAGAUACAGUUCGCCGCUCGCGCGCGCUAUGUUCGAAGAGACGCGUCUCAAGACGAUGUUCCAGUCCCUCCUCCAUCGCAAAGCGUCUCCACUAGGGUCUCACGAAUGGUGCACGCGUCCCUGGUAUCAGAAGCGGAAAGAGCAAAGUCAAAAAGACAUCUUCCAAAAGCUAUACGACCACGGCUUCGCACUGGCCGCUCUCCUAGAAGAGAUAGAUAACGCAGACCUCGCGAACGAAGAUGCCAGUACCGAGACGAUUCAAAAAUACCUACGACGCUGCUCCGCCAUGGACGCGAAAAUCAACCUCUGGUUUAAGGAGCUCGUCCGCGGUUCAGACAGCCCCGUGUACUGGCUCACACCUCUCAACGACUCGAUCGAGCUAGGCCCAGCCGACGGGUACCGGGCGUCAAUAUGCAACCACAACCGGCCGUUCUCCUUCCCGGACCUCAAAACCGCCAACGUCGUGAUCAUGCACUGGGCCCUCAAACUAGCCAUCAGCAGCACCAUCGCCACCAUCUGCUCCACCGCCCUCUCGACCCCCACUUUCCCUCUGCAAACGACGGCACGACAAAUGCUCGUCCAGCAUGGCGAGAUCGGCCGGUUGGAGAACGCGACAAACAUCAUGCGCUCCAUGCCGUACUGCUUGCACGACAGCAUGGGCCUUUUGGGCGCGCAGCAGAGCCUGUUUGCGCUGAGGGCGGCGUUGCUGUCGUUGAGGAGGAGCCAGAUUGAGGAAUUGACGUUGUGCGCGCGGAUGUAUAGGGAGUUGUAUGAGAAGAAGGGGUUGAGGUAUGCGAAGCAGGUGGCGGAUAUGGGGCCGAAGUGGGGCAUUGAUCCUGUGCUAGACCUUUAG